AUGGCACCAUUUUUCGGCCUUCGUGGCAAUAGUCUCAACAUCGCUGCUCUCCUCGGUGUAGUGAUGCCAGCAAUUAUGACAUUCGGCUACAAUCAAUCUUUGCUCGGAGGAAUACUGACACUUCCAACCUUUGAAAAACAAUUCCCUGCCAUCGACGCCCAUGGGAACAGCCAUAAGUCUACUAUUCAAGGCACCGUUACGGCCCUGUACGCUGUCGGCGGCCUGUUUGGGGCUGUUUUGUGUAUCUGGCAGGGCGAUACUCUUGGUCGUCGACGAGUUAUCAUGAUUGCAGCUGUUAUACAGAUAAUUGGCGCUAUCUUGAUGAGUAGCGCAUUCGAUCUGGCGCAGCUUAUUGUCUCGCGCAUCCUCGUCGGAGCAGGAACCGGAGGUCUUCUAGCCACCGUUCCUGUUUGGCAGUCUGAGAUAUCCCCCGCUAGCAAGCGAGGAGCUCAUGUUGUUACUACAGGUGUUUUCAUUGGUAUGGGCUUGUCUUUGGCGCUCUUCAUGGACUUGGGGUUCUCCUUUGCCCAUGGUAGUAUCUCCUGGCGCUUCCCAUGUGCUUUUCAAAUCAUCCUGUCUUUGAUGGCUCUUGUAUUCGUCAGCUUUAUGCCGGAUUCUCCUCGCUGGCUUGUUCGACAGAAUCGAGUAUCUGAAGCUCUCGAAAUAUUGGCAGUUUUGGAUGACGUCGAUACAACCUCUCCCGAAAUCGAGGCGGAGAUUAGAGAUGCUCAGCAUUCCCUCGAACUGUCUGGAUCAGCCUCAGUGCGUGAGAUAUUCUCUAUAGGUCCUCAGAAGAUCUUGUACCGGACUAUUCUUGCUUGUUCCGUCUUGAUGUUCCUUCAGUUGACCGGUGUCAACGCCAUUACUUUCUACACCACCACAAUCUUCCAGAAAAACCUCCUUUUAGACUCCGUCACCUCCAGAAUCCUAGCAGCGAUCUACCAAGUCGUCAGCCCCAUUGGCGGUAUAAUCGCCAUCUUCACAAUCGAGCGCUUCGGUCGACGCGGAUUAAUGCUAAUCAGCGCUGCUGGAAAUGCUAUUUGCCUCAUCCUGGUAGCCGGCCUGGGCUCUCAAUCACAUAACAAACAUGCUAUCGAUGGGGCUGUGUUUUUCACAUUCUUCUUCCAUUUCACGUACGUCCUCGGGUUUGGUGGGAUUCCUUUCUUAUAUGCUACUGAGAUUGCGCCCCUUCGUCUACGGGCAGUCAUCAGUGGGCUUGGUGUGGCUACAUUCUGGGCAUUUAAUUUCUUAAUGGCCGAAGUUACGCCCGUGGCAUUUGAUGCCAUGGCAUGGCGGUAUUUCAUUAUCUUUGCCGCGCUGAACGCGCUCAUGAUUCCGAUUAUCUACUAUUUCUUCCCAGAAACUUCGGGACGGAGUCUGGAAGAAAUUGAUGAAAUAUUUGCCUUGUCCGAGACGAUACUAGAUCCUGUUCGAGUCGCAAAACGGCUUCCGCGCAGGCAGCUGGGGAACUCGGAGAUGCAUGAGAGGGACAUCGAAAAGAUAAGAAGGGACUUUAAGGUGCACGAUUGCGAAAGAGAAGCAACGUUUGCGCAGGUGGAGCGUGUCCCGGCCUAG